UUUUUUUUUCCCUUCUUUUUUUUUCUCUUUCUUUCUCAACUAACAACCUUUUUUCUCUCCUCUCUCCCUUCCUUCUUUUUUUUUUUUAACUCCUGUCGCCAUAAUGUACUGGCGAUUUGGACAUCAAAAUGCGUCUGUUAUCGACCACCUCCUCGAGACCGGCAACGUCUCACUCGAGGAACUGCUCGAACAAGAUGACCUGAUCCAGGAAUGCAAGGCACAAAACCCUCGGCUCAUCGAAUACCUGCGCGACCCAACUGUACUUCAACAGUUGUUGGGCUAUAUUAUUAGUGAUGACCUCGAAGACCGUGCACGGUUCAAGUAUCCUUUCAUCGCAUGCGAAGUCAUUGCAUGCGAAGUCUGGGCAAUUUUCGAGUCUGCGUUGUCUAAUCCCGAUAUGCUGGUCAGGUUUUGGGAAUUCUUGGAUCGACCAGCGCCCUUGAACCCUGUGCAAGCUAGCUAUUUCGCCAAAGUCAUUGGUGUUUUCCUUAUGAAGAAAACCUCAGAGAUGCUUCAAUUCAUCAAAGCACAGCCUAAUGUUGUUUCCAAGCUACUCACACACAUGUCGACUUCUUCAAUUAUGGAUCUACUGCUUAAGAUCAUCAGCAUGGAAGAAUCACCAGAUGGCAAAGGAACUGUUCAGUGGUUAAGCGAACAAGGAUUGAUGCCAUGGCUUGUUAAUCAAUUGGACCCUAAUUUUGAUGGGGAGGUUCAUUCAAUUGCAUCACAAGUUCUGCUCGACAUCAUUGCCAUCUCACAAUCAUCUCAUCCUGAACAGCCUUCUAUCGGAACAAACAUUUUGAUCGAUGAGCUGAAGAGCGAAGUAAUCGUGUCUAAACUUGUUGGAUUCAUGUUGGAUCGUAACGCUCCCUAUUCAACCUCAACGCUUAUCAACGGUGUUACUAUAUUUAUUGAAUUGAUUCGAAGAAAUAACAGCGAUUAUGACGUCGAUCCUAUUUCUCCGGAUUCAUCCGAGCAUAUACGUGAAGCUGUGGAUCUAAGCGAUCUGUUGAAAGUACUAGCGACUAGGAUCAAGGAUUUCAAAGAUCUUCUAGUUGUCCCUCGAUCGGUGACUGGUCCUAUUGAAACAUCAAUUGGAAGACAGGUCCCACUUGGUUUCGAGAGAUUGAAGAUCUGUGAGAUGUUUGCAGAGUUGCUUCAUUGCUCGAAUAUGGCGAUCCUUAAUUCACGGCCAAUAAUCACUGUAUCGACUGAUGGAACAGUCAAAGUGCCGACUGUUUUGUCUGACCAACCCCUUAUUCAUCAUUCACCUACGGUCAAAGAAGAGCUAAAUAGCGUUAGGAAUGGGCAACCAGGAGAUGAAACUCCCAAGGAAAUGGCAGAUCAGGACCAGGAGAUGAAGGAACCUUCAGAUACAGACAGGGAUGAUGUCAAGGACAAGGGUGAAGCUGAAACAGAGAAAAAGGCGGCACCAGAACAGAGUGCAUCCAACUCAACCACAGAGCCAAAAAUAAGUAAUGUUGAACAGCUGGAGGAUGCGACAGCAACUUUGAAAUUGGAUGACCAAGCAACCCCAAAAGCCUCGUCUCCAAUUAAUCCAUCUUCAAAUGAAGCCACCCCAACUGCUACCCCAAUAGCGACUCCAUCGUCACCAAGCACAACAGCAACAGCAGUAGCAGUUACAGCAACCAAUAGCGAUGUGCUGAUUCCUGUGGGUGAUUUUUUGAAGAUGCAAUUCGUUGACCAUCAGAUCAUCCCUACAUGCUUUGAUCUGUUUUUCCAAUUUCCAUGGAACAACUUCUUGCAUACAGUGGUUUAUGAUAUGGUACAUCAAGUAUUCCACCGACCCAUGGGUGACAUUGGCCGUGCGGAUAUGGACGGUAACUAUAUUCCGCCUAGAGCAGAUCUAGGCGUCACAGAGGGCUGGAAUAGACGAUUGACCAUCUCGAUCUUCAAGGAUGGCCAGCUCACGAAGCGGAUUACGGAUGCUCAGCGUCUCUGUGAUUAUGAAUGUGCACAACCCAAGGGUGUCCGUCUUGGAUAUAUGGGACAUCUGACAUAUAUUGCAGACGAAACUGUGAAACUGCUGGAACUGUAUUCGCAAACGUCGUUACUGCCAAUGCUGUAUGAAUAUAUGGAUUUAGAAGAUUGGUGGAACUAUGUUUCCAAGGUACUAAAGGAAACCAAAGAACGCGAUGCACAAGUUUUGGGAGGAAUGCGUCCCAAUCUCAACCCUAUGUCCCACAAAUCUUUAUUGGAUGAUGGAGCCGAUGACGAUUUUAUGGACGAUCACGGAGACGACUUUGGUAAUGCUGGUGGUUUCCUUGGCGGCGAGGGUGGCAUUGUCCACGAAGGCGAUGUUGCAAGUGACCAGGUAAACAAAAUGUCUGUUUAUCGUCUUUAUAGUUGAUUUUUUCUUUUUCUUUACUGCAUUUUCACUUCUUCACUUUAUUCUAUCCUCCGGCCAUAACGAAAGAGGAGGAGGAAAAGAAGGAAGAGAA